CACCACCAGCAGCAGCAGCAGCAGCAACAGCAACAGCAGCAGCGGCAGCAGGGUGGACGCAGAGGGGUGGCAGGCGCAGCUGCGGCGGCCGGGCCGGGCCCGGGGCUGCUGCCGCCCGCCGCGGCGGUGCCGCUGCUGGCGGCGCAGCUGCCAGACGUGCCCGCGCCAGUCAUCCUGGCCCUGGCGGACUGCCUGUCGCAUCUUCACAUGUGA